CGUAAACUUCCACUGAUUACACAUUAACGUUAGCCUUCGCUCACCAACAACAGACUCGACGUUCUUUCCGUCCGCCAGAGUGCAGCACAUGCUCUGGUGUAGGUAGGGACCUCUUUUUGAGAUGUUGGCCGAAGCCGUUAGAUCGGGGAUGUGGUCGUGUUGGCAGGCGAUUAUCUUGGCUUGGGGCAGGUUGGCUGACAAGGUUAAUGAAUGAAUGGAAACACUCUCCGGUUGUCGGUUGUCAGAGGUCGACUUUCAGGUUUCCAAACAGAUCUCUGCUUUCCUCGUCGCUGGAGGUGGAAUGCAGACACUCUGUAAAUGGGAUUGGAAGUGUCGAUGGACUGAGCCUUCCCAACUUGCGGUUUGGGACAUCGCGACAAGUCACUCAUUGUAUGACCAAUCGUUCAAUGGCAAUACGGAGUCCAAGUUGUACUUUCUCAAACCACGAAUCGGCGUCUUAACUUCGCAUUCUUAUCGAAAAAUAUCCCAAGCUUUGCCUUCGACUGAGACACGUCCCGAAUGGAUGUUCUUUUCUACAACCCAGUACAAGUCAGUUCAUAUGUACUUCAAAAUUCCCAGAGAGGUUCGAAGCCUCAUUCUCUUUCAAUCUUCGUACCGAACCGUCACCGUUGUGCCUCGGAAUACGAAGAGUGGCUUCGGUUUCCGGAGGAGGGGUAUCAAGAAUGAGGAAAGUUUUUGCCAUCCCACACGCCCUCUCUAGGCCCACUUCAUCUGCUCCUCGCUCAACGCUGCAAGGUCUUCUUGGCGCUCUCAUUUGACCGCCUAGCGUGCGGAUUUUACGGAGUACACUUGUAUGGAUAACGUUGGUGAAUGGCCAGUUCAAGACGGGAUGUUGUGGGAGGCGCGACGGUGUGCCGGUCCAUGUCCUCUCCGUCAUUUCAUUCCGUUACCUGUCAACCUCAAUUUGGCGCACCAUAUGUUGCCGCUUGUGAGAUUGCAGCUCCCGGGUCGGGCUGUUCGACACAAUCUCUCUUGGU